AUGCUUCGCUUGUCCUUGAUAUUGUCAAUCUUGGGUAGCAGCACUGCGCUGCACGGUCCAGUAGGAGUUGUCCCAGUGUUGGUUGCCACCAAAGCCGACAAGAAGAACUCCCAGGAUGGAAAGAUCGAAUUCCCACCAAUAGAACUAGGAGUCCAGCUGGACUUUGAGGUAUCACGAUCGCCCUCAAAGCCAAAACCAAAGCCUGUGAAAAAGAAAGUCAAGGUCAAAAAGGUACCCAAGGUCAAGAAGGUCCCACCCCCACCCAAGGUCAAAAAGGUCCCACCACCACCACCUCAGAAAAAGGUGAUCAAGAUCAAGCCAGUGCCACCACCGCCGCCGCCAGCACCCAAAAAGGUUGAACCACCGCCGCCGCCAAAGAAGGAACCACAACCCAUUGUAAAGGUCCAGCCAAAGAAACCAACCAAGAGUUUGGCCGUUCGACUGGGAGAAAUGAAACGUCGAGUGGCGUCUGCAUCGGACCGGGUAUCCAAGCACAAGUACGCCAGUGUUGUGUGGGCCACCCUUUUGUUUGUCUGGACCCCACUCGCCAUUAUCUGGGUCUGCAAUACACUGUUUGGAAAGGAAUUCUUGAUUGAUAUUUUGGUCAAUGUCUUACCAGAACAAGUCCCUGCUCGAUAUAUUGAAAUGGCAAUCGAUGAUGGACUGUGGGUAGGCAUUUUUGGCGCCUGCUUUGUCGCCACCAUUGGGACGUUUCUGGUGGAAGGAAUUACAUUGGCAGUGGACAUUGUGCGGGGCCUGAUAGCACAACAGACUCCAAACAACACAACCGAAACAGCAAAAAAGAAACGAAAGAUUUUGGGCAUCUGA